AUGGUGUCAGAGCUGCACGAGCCCCGUGCCGUCUUGAGAGAGCGGAAACGCGAUGCUCGCAGCUCGACUCAAACCACGCACAGCAGGACAGGAGGGAGAAUGGGGCCCAGAAUCAUUCCAUUGGCAAGGGCUGGGAGCGUGACAAUGCCGAGGCGUACAUGCCUGAGCCGCAUGCAGUCGUAG